AUAUACUUUCUCUUGAGAGAUUGUCAUUGAGCUGCUGCUGCUGCUGCUGCUGCAAGAGGAUAUUCGAAAUUAAAACCUCAAAUGCUUCUCAUUGCAUCAUUUUCUGGUAUCUUUUAAUUUAUGAUUAAUGACUUUUGCUUUCAUCUCUGGAAGUUUCAUGCCUUUUCGACUUUAUUCUAAUGAACCAUAAAUUAUAUGCCUGGGAAACAGAUCUCACUCUCUUGUUGCUGUGGUCACGUCCAGCUUAUCAAAGGCUGGGCUGUUUUUUAAAUUAUGCUUCAUAUUUCAAAACGGGAUACCUUCAUUUCCUGACAACUUAUGCUUCAUUAGAGCUGUAGCAGCAGAUUUUUUUUGUAUGAAUGUUUGUCGUGAACUUUUCAUUCUAGUUACAACAGUGACUUACAUUAUAGAGGAAAAUUGUGACCUCUAUCAAAUUAAUUGGAAGAGGACUACAUGUAUAUGUAUACAUUGUUCUGUCUUUGAUUUUAUGAUUGUUAUUCUUAGAAGUCUGAUAAUGGUGAAAUCUUUCCUAGGUUCGGGGUUCAGCUGUAUUUGUCCCAGAGUUUGCUAGCCCGCAAGAAGACGAGGAGAAAUACCUUUUCUCUUAUUCAAUUCGCAUGUCCCUCCUACCUGAAGGAUGCUUCUUAAAUGGAAAUCACUUCACCACUUGCCAGCUGCAGUGGAGACAUUGGAUAAUCCGUGCCAAUGAUGCUUUAGUUGAUGAUGUUAAUGGAGAAGGUGUGAUCGGACAGUUCCCUCUUUUGCGUCCGGGUGAUAAAGAGUUUGUCUAUGAGAGCUGCUCAUAUCAGUCAUCUUCUAGAGGAUCAUUGAAGGUUCCUUUACUUUUGUCCCUGGCAGGUUGACAGAACCAAAAGGCAGUCCGUUCCGUGUAGAAGUUGCCCCGAAUUCCUUUUGAGCUGCCAGAAUACAUUUUCUGAUUCCAAGAUCAAUGGCUUCGAAGCUCAUGUUAUGCGUUUCUUUGUAUGCUUUCCAAUAUAUAUUCAACAAGAGUGUAGGGCUGCUUGAACAUGUAUCUGGCUUAUCAACCUGGGUUUCCUUUUUUAUGAUCUGUUCAUCUUGAACAGAUUCAAAAAUAACAUGUUUACUUCAGACGAGAGGGGCCGAUGUUCGUGUUGAUCUACAUGUAAAUAGUUUGAAUAUAGAGAUCUCCGUUAUAUAUCUUGGUUUAUUCUAAUGUAUAGUCCAGAACUUGGAGAUCACACUGUGGCUAUGUGGUGAAUGUCCUUGUUGAUGUUGGAUCAUAGUUGGAGGGACAUGUGGACAUGCACUGUAUAUUGAAAUUAUGGCUCUUUAGAAUUCCAAAUUGACUCCUUCGAUAGGUGCUUCCAAGUUGUA